CACACUGAACGGUCAGCUGUCAAAUCUCACCCGUUCAAUUCACACAUUGCUGGUCAUCGAUUUACACGAAAUUUGCAAAUAUUCCACGAUCACAACCAUUUAAGAAUCGGAAAACGUGCAUUUCAUUUGAUUCAAUUUGUAAGUUAUCAUUGAUUACGCAACGUUUGUCUGUUCUGUUGCUUAUUGAUUGGUCUGAUUCAGUGUUAGAAUCGCUACCAUAAAUUGCAACAAUAAAAUUAUUGCAUGCAAAUCACUUGCUGCACCAAAGGUCAAAACCAACUUGACGCAACAAAAAACAUCUGUUGAGCGCCGCAAAUGAAUCAAACUGCAUCGAUUAAAACUGGAAUAAAAGUCGAAAAACGGUAUUUGUUUGAGUCAAUCGCAUCUAAUGAUUAGUAAUUAAUUACUAAUUGCAAGUGGUCAAUAUCAAAAUGAGUGACGAAAGAGGCAAAGUUGAGAAAAACACUCAAGCGGAUAUGGAAAAGUCAACGGUGGAUCAGAGCCAAAUUCAAAAUGCCGUAGCUGUCUCAUCGAAUAGUCAGUUGUCAUCGCCCAUUCUCAAACUGGACGUCGACUGUUUUGAGGAGUUAUUCGAGUGGCUGUCAUUGGCCGACUUGCGUUCGCUUCGUCAAACGUGCAAACGGUUAAAACAAGUCAUCGAUUACUUCAUCAAAUCGGAUUAUCCAGCGAUGAAAAUUGGUUAUGGACGUAUUGUGCUUCACGAAGAUAAGAUCGACCAAUUUCAACAACUUAAUCCGACCAGUCUCGAGAUGAUCAAGCAGGCUAGAAUAUGUUUCGACCCGUUAACUGAAAAAGAAAUCAAUGUGAUCAAAUGCAUUUUGCCUCAGUUGGAACGACUGAAAAUAAGCACAUACCGAUUGAAUGGCAAUUUCUAUGAGUCGAUUCUCAAACGGUGUUUAAACUUGAAAUAUUUGUCGAUCGGUUCCAUCCACAGCAACUCCUAUGCUAUCAUCGGAGGUGGCAAUAAGUGGCUACAUCGGCAGCAUCCGACAAUUGAACACAUCGCAAUGGAUGACAAUGAUAUUGGUGGACCUGGAAUGGCUGGCAGAUUCCCCGAAUUGAAGAUUCUAUUCGAAUUGAACCCAAAUAUUCAAACAUUUUCCACCACAUUCAACCUUCUGCGUGUAAAUAGCAACGGUUUUUUAGGGUCAAACAUAAAAAUUGACCAGCUCAAUGUUUAUGGUGACUGUUUUUAUGAGGAUGGUAUGAAUGUCAUCUGUGAACUACUCAAUCAGCUACACGACCAAGGGUUUUAUCAGCGAUUGCAUAUGGAAGCUUCGUACAUUACUCUCCAAGAAGAAUUGGAUCUUAUCAUAUCGGUACGAGGAAUGGAAAAACUGUAUUUAGAUUUUUGCUCGUCAGAUAAACUCACUUUGGCACCAAAGCCAGAUAUUGAAGAACUGGGCAUCAGGUAUGUUGGUGAUUAUAUAGCUUUGGACGCCGUCGCAAAGAGUCUUAUGAACGUCGAACGAGUUUGCAUUGGUCAAGGUAAAGUUGAAGACAUUAUACCAUUCCUGCGCUAUGCUCGGAAGGUGAAAGAAAUUAAAGUUGGCCGUUUGAAUGGAGGAGCUCAUUUCGAGAAUGGCGUCAUCGACUUGCCAGCAUUGAACAAGGAACGAAAAGGAUUAGCUGGUGCCAGCAAAAUUACGAUUUAUGUACAUGAAGACGUUUUUCUUGCAACGAAAAUGGCGCUGAUGAAGACUGAUUUCAGUUUGGUCACACUCAAGCGAGCUGAAGCAGUCGAAUGGAUCCAUCAACUUCGAUACUAGUAGCAUAAAAAGACAAAAUUCCAUUCGAAUUGUACAAGGAUUUUGAAAAUUUAUUUUUGUAUAGUUUUUUCCCAGUUACCAAUCCUUUGCUGAUGAAAAUGAAGGGAGAAAAGCAAGAAGUGAUGAGAUUGAUGUCUAUUUGUACUUUUGUUACCAAUUUAUGGAAUAAAAAAAUCAUUUACGAUCAUAUAUA